AUGUCGGGGGAAAAGACGGUGUCUUUUUGCACCACGGAUAGUGUGCAGGGCAGCCACGUGUUCAGUGUUUCCGGGUACAGCAAGCAAAGGGGCAUGGGCGCCGGCAAGUUCAUCAGAUCCGGCGGCUUCUCGGUCGGAGGCCACGACUGGGCCAUCCGCUUCUAUCCCGAUGGGUUUAACGAUGAUUACCGAAUUUACAUCACAGUUUACGCCGAGCUCUUGACUAAGGACGCCGAGGUGCAUGCAUCCUGCGACCUGAGGCUGGUUAAUCAGACCACCGGGUUAUCCUCUUCCCUGGACAAGACGGAACCAAGGCUGUUCAACCAGACCAAUCUCAGCAGGUUUGCCCCACAAAGGGCCGACUUCAUGGCAAGGAGCGAGUUAGAAGCAUCAGCCUACCUUCGGGAUGACCACCUCGAGAUAGAAUGCAUCAUCACUGUCAUGAAAAAAGCACGGGUAUCUGAAACCAAGGUGCCCCUGUCCGGCAUCGCUGCGCAGCUCGGCAAGCUGUUGGAGGCAAAUGAUAUUCCGGAGGACAUCACAUUCAGCGUCGGAGGUGUGGUUUUCGGAGCACACAAGAGCUUGUCCUUGCUAUAA